AUCUGCACUUCAGAGCGAGGCGUGGUCAGUCAGCUAACAGGUGGACCAGUCACACUUCAUCCGCAGGAUAACUACCGUGUUUUCUUUCUCUCCGGUAACACAAACAGCUGCAACAAGAUGCCAAAGUGUCCAAAGUGCGAAAAGGAGGUUUACUUCGCUGAGAAGGUGACAUCACUGGGCAAGGACUGGCACAGGCCCUGUCUGAAGUGUGAGAAGUGCAACAAGACGCUGACGUCAGGCGCACAUGCAGAGCAUGGGGGCAAGCCAUACUGUCACAAGCCCUGCUACAGUGCUUUGUUUGGACCUGGAGGAUUUGGACGUGGUGGAACCGAGAGCUACAAAUAUUGAUAGACAGGUUCAAUGUUGCCUGGAAACUAAAUGAAGAAGCCAGCAUGCUUACGACUCCCAGUAAAACCAGCAAACAAACUGGGUUGUCAUUAAGAAGAAUCAUUCUGUGUGUGCUUUUGAUCUCUGGUUUCUGGAGAUGAUUGUGUAUUCCAAUGAUAUAGUAAUAAAGGCGUUGUCCUCUACUCUCUUCCUGUUCUCAAGGUGGACAUUCUGAUUAAACA